ACACGUACCUGCAUCAGCUAUAUAGGUGGUUGCUGCUCGCGUCUCUCCUCCCCAUUUCCAAACGCUAAAAACCUGCAGCUCCAAACGCCACCUCGCUCUCUCUCACCAUACACCGCCAGAUCGUUUGUUUCAAUCCACUGCUAAUAUCGAAAUCCACUCAUGGCCAGGUCAUUAUCCAAUAUAAUCUUGAAGGGCAUAGCAGGAUUGCCAGCCACUCGUUCUUUGAGAACAACGGUAAUAUCAGGACCAUAUUACCAACAUGGCAUGGGACAUUCAACAACGGUGACUGGUGAUCCUGAAACUCAUGAAGAUUUUCAACCCACCAACAAACUUGCGAGUUCCGGCCUUUCCACACAUGAUGUCGUUGAGCAGGAUGUCAAGGAAAACCCCGUCAUGAUUUAUAUGAAAGGAGUUCCUAAUGCCCCUCAAUGUGGAUUCAGUGCACUUGCAGUGAGAGUUCUAAAGGAAUAUGGUGUUCCCAUCAGUGCCAGAAACAUAUUGGAAGACCAUGAUCUGAAAAACGGUGUAAAAUCAUUCAGCAACUGGCCCACAUUUCCUCAAAUAUUCAUAAAGGGAGAGUUUAUUGGAGGGUCUGAUAUUAUUCUCAACAUGCACCAGACUGGAGAAUUGAAGGAGAAGCUCAAGGAUAUCACUGUCGAAGCCAAGCAAUGAAAAAGGCAGGAGAAAGCUCUGUACUAAAAUAGAAAUACUAUGACUUUAUGUGGGAGGUCAAACCUUUUUCCUUUUUCUGUGGCAAGAUGCAGUGCUAUGAGGUCUGGUAGGGGAUAAAUUUCUUCUUCUUUUCCCCCCUUUUCUUAAAUCAUCUUAUAGGUUAUGUUUGGAUGCCCAAGUGAGAUGAAUUACAGACAUCCAGUUGAAUAAUGAGGAAAUAGCACAAAUUAGUCACGUCUCCUAGUAUUCAUAAUGAGGAAGUAACUCCGACACUUGUAGGUACUUUGAAAUUUAACUCGAUGCAAUUGCAGUUUGGAGCC